AAUUGGAUUAGUGAGAUUGUGGGUGAUGUGAUAAUGAUCAAGAAUUUUAUUUGUAAUCAUUCCAUGAGGUUGGCAAUAUACAAUGAAUUUGUGAGUUUGAAACUUCUUUCAGUUGCGGAGACACGCUUUGCUUCUUCCAUUGUCAUGCUUAAGAGGGUCAAGUUGAUAAAGCAAGGUCUCCAAACAAUGGUAAUUAGUGAUAAAUGGAGUUGUUAUAGGGAUGAUGAUAUUGGUAAGGCCAAGUUUGUGAAGGAUAAGUUGUUGGAUGACUUUUGGUGGGAUCAAGUCAACUACAUACUUUCUUUUACUGCUCCUAUUUAUGACAUGAUUAUAAUUUGUGACACCGAUAGACCUUCGCUUCACUUAGUUUAUGACAUGUGGGGUACAAUGAUAGAAAAAGUGAAGAUGGUGAUAUACAAGCAUGAAGGAAAGCGACUAGAAGAUGAGUCUACAUUCUAUAAUGUAGUACAUCAGAUUCUUGUAGACCUGUGGAACAAGAACAACACACCACUUCAUUGCUUGGCACACUCAUUGAAUCCAAGGUAUUAUAGUGAUGUGUGGCUUCAUGAGGAUCCAAGUCGAAUUCCCCCACAUAGGGAUGAGGAGGUUUGUCUUGAGAGAAAAAAGUGCUUGAAAAGGUUCUUUGAUGAUCCAAUGGAGCACACUAAAGCAAAUUUGGAGUAUGCUAAGUUCUCAACAAAAGAGGGGCCAUUUGCUGACAUUGAUUCCAUUGGAGAUAGAUGUGAUAUGGAUCCUCAUAGUUGGUGGGUUGUUCAUGGUGCAUCUGCACCCACUCUUCAAUCUUUGGCUUUAAGGCUACUUGUGCAGCCUUCUUCUUCAUCAUGUGCUGAGAGGAAUUGGAGUGUAUACUAUUUUAUCCAUUCAAUGAGAAGAAACAAGAUGACACCUCAACAUGCAGAGGACUUGGUUUUUGUUCAUAGCAACCUCCGUCUUUUGUCAAGGAGAACCCCACAAUACCUUGAAGGAGAGACCAAGUUAUGGGAUAUUGCGGGCGACACAUUUGAUUCAUUUGAUGAUGGUGGGAUGCUUAAGGUUGCAAAUCUAUCACUUGAUGAACCUGAGAUAGAGGUUGUGUUGUUUACAGAUGAUGGAGGUGCAAACGAUGAAAAAGGUGGUGAUGAUAAUGAUGAUGAAGACGUGCAAGAAAUUGGAUCUACUUGAAGUUUUGAAAGGCCUACUUUUCUUUUUUUGUUUUUUUUUUCCCUUCUUCUUUGCCUCUUAUUUAGUGCUUUUGUGAAGAAUAUUAUUGGAUGUUGGAUGUUUUCCCCUUAUAUUUAUUGUUGGAUGUUGAA